CGUUAGUGUACAGACAUAGUGCACACAUAUAGGAAGUAUAGAGUGAUUUGGGACUGGUCCUGUGAAGCGGUUUCCGUGCGCUUGGGCGAAGAUGGCGCAAGCGUUAUCAGAAGAGGAGUUUCACCGUAUGCAGGCUCAGCUCCUGGAGCUGCGGACGCAAAACUACCAGCUCUCGGAUGACCUUCGAAAAAACACUGCAGAGCUCAACAAUGUCCGCCAGAAGAUCUCAAUCUUGGAGAAAGAUUACCUCAAAGCACAAAAGGCACUUAAUAAGAGCAAGAAGGCUCAGGAGGUCGAUGCGUUACUGAGUGAAAAUGAGAUGCUUCAGGGCAAACUGCACAGCCAGGAGGAGGAUUUCAGACUGCAGAACAGCACACUCAUGCAGGAGCUGUCCAAGUUAUGCUCCCAGAUUGAGCACUUGGAGGCUGAGAAUCAGGGCUUGAGGGAUGGGAGGGGCCUCCAAGCUCACGCCCCUAGUCCCGUGUCCGGCCCAACGGAUGGAGAGCUCCUGCGCCUACAGGCUGAAAACUCUGCCCUACAGAAGAAACUGGCAGCUCUUCAGGACAGUGAGCAAAACCGUAUGCGUGGAGUAAAUGUAGGUGACGGGAAAGACACGGCGAUCGAGGGACAGACUGACACCAAUGGUCUAGACCGGCUGCACACUGACGCCGCUUGCUCGGGUGAUAAUGCUGCAGCUGCUUUAGCCAAUGACAGACUGGAGCAGGUAAAAAGCCUCAGUCUGGAGCAACGAGUGAAUGAGCUUAGUGGGGUGGAGCUGAAACUUCAGACAGAGAUGGAGGAGAAGCGAUUACUGAAAGAUCAGCUACAGGCGCUGGAGGCAUCCAAACAAGCUGAACUUGCAAAACUUCAAGAAGAGUGCGCUAAGCUCUCCGACAAGUUGAAGAAGAAACAAGAGAGCUUCCUGCAGCUCCAGGGAGAAAAAGAGGCUCUUUACCAUGACAGCAGGACGAAAAUAGACGAGAUUCAACAGCGCAAAGAGGAGGAGCUGAAAUCCAUAAACCUGCGUGUGCAGAAACUACAGUCUGACUUGAUGAACGCUAAUCAGAACGUCGCUGAGCUAAAGGAGCAGUUACAGAGCAAGCAGAAGGAGCACGAGGUGGCUCUCCUCGCACUCAAAGAUCAGGUAGCGUGUCAGAGCGCGGUCAGUCAGGAGCAGGUGGAGGGCAUGCUGAGUGAGAAUGAGGCCCUCAGGACUAACCUAGCCGCCCUAGAACAGAUCCAGACGGUGAAGACUCAGGAGAUGAACCUACUCAGGGAGCAGAGCAUGGCGCUGAAUGCGGAGCUGCAGCAGAGACGCAGUGAGCAGGAGAGCUUACUGGCACAGAAAGAUGACCUCAGCUUUCAGCUACAGGAGUCUAACCGAGCCAGUAAUCGACUACUGGAGCAGAUCUCUGAACUGGGUCUGGAGAAGGAUAAGCUACAGCAAGAUCUGGAAGAAGCCCGAAAGACAGCAGACAAGCGCAAAGGCAUGCUGGAUGAGCUGGCCAUCGAGACGGCGCAGGAGAAGUCGAGGCACAAAGAGGAGCUGAGCGACGUGCGUCUUCAACACGAGAAAGAGGUGCUGAGCAUCCGGGCACGCUACGAGAAAGAGCUGCGUGGCCUCCACGAAGAAAAGAGCCGUACAGAGGAGGAGAUCCGCGCCCAGCUACGAGACGAGAAGGCUCGCAAUAAAGAGCUGGAGGGUCUGCAGCAGAGUGUAGAAGAGCUGCAGGCGCAGGUGCAGUCCAUGGAGGGAACCAAGGGAUGGUUUGAGCGCAGGCUCAAAGAGGCAGAGGAGAUCAUAGAGAAGAACAGGCUAGAACACACAGCAGAGAUUGAGAGACUGAAGAGCGAACAAGCCCUCCAGCUUGAGGAGAAAUCAGGAGAGAUCGAAGGCGUGAAACAGCAGAUCACCACCAUGGACAAGGAGAGAGAGGAGCUCAACAGCACCAUCGCUAAACUCAAACAGGAGAUUAGAGACACUGUAGAUGAACAGCGGAUUCUGGAGAAGAAAGGCAGUUCAGCACUGAAAGAUUUGAAGCGACAGCUCCAUCUGGAGCGCAAAAGAGCUGACAAGUUACAGGAGAGGCUGCAGGAAAUCCUGACCAACUCCAAGACCCGGACAGGGCUGGAGGAGCUGGUGUUGUCUGAAAUCAGUUCUCCCUGUCGGACGCAGCAGACAGGAGACAGCAGCAGCAUCUCGUCAUUCAGCUACAGAGAGAUGAUGAAGGAAGGAGCCUCGGCACAGACCACCAAUAAGUCCAACACUAGCAGUCCUCAAUCCCAAAGACCGGCUGAUCUUUCUGACGAUGAGGUCAAUGAGCUCUUCCAGAGGCUGGCUGAGGUGCAGCAGGAGAAGUGGCUGCUGGAGGAGAAGGUGAAACACUUGGAGGUCAGCUGCUCCUCUAUGGCCGACGACAUCUGCAAGAAGAGCGCCAUCAUAGAGACUUACGUCAUGGACAGCAGGAGAGAUGGAGGAGGAGCCGCGUCUCAUGCUGCUCACCAAGGAGAGAGGGGAGGUUUGAGUUCGGUGCUCCGGGAUCUGGUCAAGCCCGGAGACGAGAACCUGCGGGAGAUGAACAAGAAGCUGCAAAACAUGUUGGAGGAACAGCUCACCAAGAACAUGCAUCUACAGAAGGACCUGGAGAUGUUAUCUCAGGAGAUUGUGCGAUUGAGUAAAUCCACCGAUUCUGCACAUGAUCCCAAGGCCACAGGCUAGCGGAUAAAACAUCAAAAGUGUGCCGCGCCUCUCGAUCUGAUUGGCCACAGCCAAAGAGAGAUGCCGCACUUUCAAACAAAACAGACUUGGAUGACUGGAUCGAGACCCUUACAUCCGCGCAGAAGAGGAAAAAAAGCGUCAAUCGCUCGCAAAUCCUCGACUUCUGAAUGUACUUAACACUGUAACACUGCGUGUCGUUUUUUUUUUCGUCGCUGGCGCUACAAAGAGCAGGGCGUUAUCUUGCUAGCUGACCCAGAAUGCUUUGCGUCCACGACCUGCUCCGAACGGGCUUCAGCAAACACCGACCUCCCACAAGCAUGUCCGUGCCGAGGAGAGGGUUAGUCCAUCUACAGCAGCUUUCCCAUUUUCCCCCUUUGUGUCAUGUGUGUAAAUAUGAAAAUAGAAAAAUUUAAAGCGUAUUAGUUCCAGAUUAUUAUUAGAUGUGUAGUAAUAGUGUUACAAGGAGAGUCAUGCUGCUCGUUAAGGCGCAUGAGUUCGGAAAUGUUCAUUAAAUAUCCGUCGUUCAUCACAGCAACAAAUUAAAGUGUUUCCAGAGACACAUGAGCGACCGCAAUUGGGCCGAUAAUUGUCAGAGCUUUUUCGCACGUCAGCUCAGAGCGCUGCUAUGAAGAAAAUCGAACUCACAGCCCCACGGCCUCCCCUCGUUAACCUACCCGCCUCUCCGCCUCGCUGCUUGCUUGUCUUUCGAUCCAUUUUUAGUCUAGCAGGAGACUCAGCUUAGGUCGCAGCAGGUUCAACCCGAAUGCCUGAAUCUUAUGACAUCAUUCCAUUUACAAAUGUCAAAGCUUUGGGAUAGAAUAUAAGACAUUUAACUUGGCAUCUGUUUAAUGGAGAAAUUUUUUUUUGGACACUACAGAUUGAGCUGAGCUCAACCUUGCGUUCUUUUAAAAGUAAAUUUAGAUUUCCUGUGUUACGUCCAUGUCUUGCUGUGUGUAAAUGCUUGCACUGACAUCAUGUUCCUUUGCUUAUUCUAUAUAAAUGUUAGAUUGUUGUAAAAAUUUUUUUUUUUUU